AUGUCUACAAGAAAUGGAUCUAUAUUAGAAAGGGAUUGCAAGAUGUCAAAGCAAAGCGACGCUGAAUCGUAUCUAAAACCUUUCAUCGGAUUUACAGCAGAGCAGCUAAAAAUAGCUCAACAAAGUACGUACUGGAAAUUUUGGAGAAUUACUGCUAUUGUUGUGUUCUGGCUUCUUUGGGCAAGUAUGGUUGCUGGUGCGGUUAUUAUCAUUGUUUUGAACAACGGAGACGUUCCAUCCAGUACGACUACGGUCACUCCUCCAACUACCAAGCAAAAAUAA